GUGAUCGUGCAUCAACGUAGAAAAAGUUUGCUCCGCAUUAUCGUCGACGACGUGUCCCGGUUUAGUUUAAUUAAGUCGUUAUAUCGUGAACUGAAGUAAGAUGAAAAUGCGAUAGUGAAACAGCAGCGGCUAUCAAUCAGUCGACCGCCUCACGCCACAGACUUUCCAAAGAUUUAAUUAGCUCCUGCAUUUAAUAAAUAUGUUUGUGCAGUCAGCGUGAAACAAUUUUCUUUUCUCGACGUCGCUCUGCGGUAAUCGCGGAGAGUGAGGUGUCUGAGUCAGCCGGCGAGGAGUCCGCACUUCUCAGUUCGAUGGCCAGCCGCCAGCCGCCAGCGGUCUGACUGUGCACCAUCAGUGCUCGCGGCGUGCGGGUGGGAGCAACACGUAAUGAAAUCGCCGUCACUCCGCAUAUAGCGCCGGCUACGAAAAUGCAUUUGAAGUUAGGCGCCGAGCAAGAGGAAGAUGGCCUCCAACGUUCAGUGCCGGCCGACUCCGUGUUUCGCACCGUACCUCGUGACCACACCACUUUCCUGAUAUGGAGAGUCGCGGAAUCAAGUGCUGAACUGCUUCCGAGGUCACACUAUGGGACAUUCUACGACGGAGAGGCUUACCUCAUCUACUCCUGCUCCCUGCCGGGACAGCUCGCCGGUCCCGAUGUUAUUCGUCGUGAGAUCAAAGAGAAUGGCAGCGGCGAGUUCGCCGAGCGUCACAUCCACGCGUGGGCGAGCGAGAGCGGCGCGGGCGGCGGGGGCGGGGCUAGCGGCGCGGGCGGGCCGGGCUCGCACGCGCUGCGUCGCGCCAUGCAGCUGGCCGCACAUCUGGGCGCGCCUGUUGUCAUACACCGGGAGACCGCCGCUAGCGAGUCGCCGCGACUCCUGUCCUACUUCCGAGAAGGAAUGAGGAUCCUAUGCAGUGGCAGUAUAAACGGCGGCGCUCGCCUGUACCGCGUGCGCGGGCGCCGGCCUGUCGUGUUGCAGCUAGAGUCGGUCUCGUACUCGCACCUCACCUCCGACGGCGUGUUCGUCCUCGACACCGCGGCCGUCGUCGUGCUGUGGCUCGGCCGCGCCGCACACCUUAUCGAGAAAAUGUUUGGCGCUAAGGUGGCGUAUCGCCUAGCGCGGGGCACAGACAAGGGCAUGAUAACGCGGCGCAUACUGAUCGCGCACGACGGCUACGAGCAAACUCUUUGCCCGGGCGACCACGGGUUGCUGGACGCGCUGCUGCAGUUGCGCGCGCGCCCUGCCCGCGCCGCUGCUGCCGCGCCCGACCCACCGCGCCCCGCGCGCCUCUACCGCGCCACGCAGCCGCUCCGCACCUCUCCCGUCGCCGCGUCGCACCGCCCCGCCGCACGCCUGGAGGAGUUCAAACGCGCACCACUUUACCGCGAGGAUCUAAGCGAUGACGGAGUGUAUGUCGUCGACGGCGGGUCGCGAGGAGUAUGGGCGUGGGCGGGGCCGCGGUGCGGGCGCGGCGCUGCGGCUGGUGCGCUAGCAGCUGCGCGCGGCUUGGCGCGAGCUAAGCGUCGGUCGGCCCCGGUGGCGCUGGUGGCGGUGGGGCGUGAACCACUGGAGUUUGCUGCGCUGUUCCACGCCUGGAGCUGGGCGGACGCGCGACGCGAUGUACGCCAACGGGCCGCGCGCUCCGCUACUACACGUCUCGAUGCCAACAGUCUCGCCUCCAACGCAUGGCUCGCGGCUGAGGCACAGCUGCCGGAUGACGGGUCGGGCUCGCUGCGGGCGUGGCGCGUGCGGCGCGCGGACGAGGUCGGUGCGAGCGGCGCGGGCACGCUGGCGGAGAUAUCGCGCCCGCAGCAGGCCGUGUUCUACGACCGCGACUGCUACCUCACGCUCUACACCUACCACGCGCCCACCGGCGACCAGACUAUACUCUACUACUGGAUGGGUGGCUCUUCGCCAAAUGAUUUGAGGAAUUUGGGUGCUAAAGAAGCCAAAGACCUCUAUAUAAAACUAGGGCGUCUUCCUGUUCAGGCUUGGGUGUACCAAGGCAAGGAACCAGCACAUUUCCUGCAAAUAUACAAAGGGCGGAUGAUAACUUACAUCGGCAGCGCGACCGAUUAUGAUCCUACCGGUAAUCGCGUGGUGGCGCCGUCGCGCGCGCUGAUCCGUGUGUCGGGGCAGUACGCUCGCGAAGGCCGCGGCGUGGAGGUGGCGGGGGCGGGCGUCGGGGCGGGGCGCGGCGCGUGCUACGUGCUGCGGGAGAGCGCGCGCGUGUGGGUGUGGUGCGCCGCCAGCGCCACCGGCGACGAGCGGGAGGUCGCCAAGAACCUCGCCGCCGCCGAGCACACCCUCGUCAUGCAAGGCAAGGAAAAACCAGAGUUUUGGAAUGUGCUAGGCGAACGACGUAAACUGCUUGUCCCAUCACCGCUCAAGGAGGUGGAGCGUCCGCUGCCACCGCGCCUGUUCUACGUCGCGGCUCAGACGGCGGGACAAUAUACGUUCGAGGAGAUAAUCUCGUUCAGCCAGCUGGAUCUGGCGCCGGAGCUGUGCGCGGUGCUGGACGCACACGGCGCUCUGUUCGUGUGGCUGGGCGCACACUGCGGCCCGCGACUGCGCGACGACGCGCGACAAGUCGCCGAACAGUAUCUGCAGCACGACCCCGCCGCUCGGGACCCCGAAACACCGAUACUAGUGCUCGGCCAGGGAAGGGAGCCCCCUAACUUCACAGGCUUUUUUCCUCAGUGGAAAAACUCCAUGUGGAAAGGUCACAAAUCGUUCAGCGCCAUCGUGAGCGCUCUGGAGGGAAAGGCGAUAGUGCGCGGGCGCGCGGCCCCGCAGAACGGCAACAGCGAGUGCUUCGACCAGCACGAGAAGUACUGCCUGUCCUUGCUGCGCGGGCCCAAGGAGCACCUACCGCCGGACGUCGACCCGCUCACUAAAGAAUUGUAUCUAACUCACGACGACUUCGUGUCCACGUUCAACAUGCCCUACAGCGAGUUCCGAUCCCUGCCGCUUUGGAAACAGAAGGAACUCAAGAAGUCGGUUGGUCUCUUCUAAAUUAUCAAUAUAUCACUAAUCAAUAGUAAUUAUUAUGCUUAGUUGUUAGAAUUAAAAAAAUAAAAUAAAUAAAAAAAUGUGAAACUUGGUGUGAUAAAAUUAGGUGAUAAAUUAUUAUUAUUUGUUAUACCAAAUUUCAUAA